AUGGACAUCGGGCCCGUCGCCGCGGACGUCGCGGAGCUGCGGCGGCACUGCGAUCUGUGGAAGAGGGCCUGCGGCAUGAGCCUCGACCGGGCGCGGGCGUCCCACCAGGGCGCCCUGGCGGAGCUGUCGGGGCGCCUGGAGGCCAAGACGGCGCGUGUGAGGGAGCUGGAGAAGGCGGCCAGCGACAGGGACACAAGAAUCGAGAACUGCAGGUCCCAUCUGGAUGGCCUGCUCAGGGAGCUGGACAAAUUUAGGUCUGAGGAGGAGCAGCAACCAAAGAGGCUGAAGCUUGAUAACGAAUUCCUCCUUAAGGAGAAUCGUGCCCUGUCCAACAGGGAAGCAGUGCUCAACGAAGCAAAGGCUGGAAAGCAGGUCAAGAAGCUGGCGGCAAGAGUGGAGGCUUAUGCAUCAGCGCUGGGGCUUCGAUACGAGAUCCAGGGAGACCGUGUGCUGUUUGUGUUCUCACUCAUCGACGCCAGCGAUCCUUCGAGAGAGUUCCGAUUCGGAUUGGCGCUGCAACCAGACGACACUUACACAGUUGACUUCUGCGAGCCCCCCGUGCCCAACAUGGAGUCGCUUUUGGCGGAGGUCAACCGUUCGGGCCAAUUUGCUCGGUUCGUUCGAAGCAUGAGAAGAGAGUUUCGAAAGGCCGCUCAAAGCUCGUGA